CCGCCCUUUCUAUGGACCUCCCCUUAGAGCUUGCCCUGCCAGUCCCUCCUCCUGCCCACCCUCUAAACUGCUAUAUAUGACCCCUCAACACUAGCCUUUUCUCUGUGGAAUCUUCUCCUGUCACACUGCUUCUUAUUCCAGGAUUUAAGCUGCUGGGAAGAUCUGACCUGAUCUGAAGCCAUUCAACAUGGCAGAAAAAUGUGGAGCAUGUGGUCCUGGCUACAGCACUCCGUUAGAUGCCAUGAAAGGUCCCAGAGAGAAGAUUGUGUACCUGCCCUGUAUCUACAGGAACACUGGAAUAGAGAAGCCUGACUAUCUGGCUACCGUGGAUAUUGACCCCAAAUCUCCACACUACUGUCAGGUGAUCCAUCGCCUGCCCAUGCCCAACCUCCGAGAUGAGCUCCAUCACUCUGGGUGGAACACCUGCAGCAGCAGCUUUGGUGAUGUCACAAAGAAACGGAACCGGUUGAUUCUUCCCAGUCUGAUUUCCUCCCGUAUUUAUGUGGUGGAUGUGGGCACAGAUAUGCGGGCUCCCAGGAUGCAUAAAAUGAUUGAGCCAGUGGAUGUAUUCUGGAAGUGCAACCUAGCCAAUCCGCACACAACUCACUGCUUGGGCAAUGGUGAGAUCAUGAUCAGCACUAUGGGAGACCCGUCUGGCAAUGGCAAAGCUGGCUUUAUCUUGCUCGAUGGAAAGACUUUUGAGGUGAAGGGGAACUGGGAGAAAGGAUCCAAUAUCCCUGCGCUUGGCUAUGACUUCUGGUACCAGCCACGGCAUAAUGUCCUGAUGAGCACGGAAUGGGGAGUCCCAAAAGUCUUGGCAUAUGGUUUAGACCCAGCAGACCUAAAGACUGGGCGCUAUGGCCGUUACAUUAACGUGUGGGACUGGACCACUCAUGUCCUCACCCAAUCGAUUGACCUGGGGGAAGACUCCAUUCCUCUGGAAAUUAGAUUUCUCCACAAUCCAGAUGCAGCAGAGGGAUAUGUUGGCUGUGCUCUGAGUAGUGCAAUCCAUCGCUUCUACAAGACAGAGAAUGGAAAUUGGGCAGCAGAGAAGGUGGUCCAAGUGCCCAGCAAGAAGGUGGAGGGUUGGAUGUUUCCUGAAAUGCCAGGUCUCAUUACUGACAUCCUGAUCUCACUGGAUGACAGGUACCUGUAUUUCAGCAACUGGCUCCAUGGAGACAUUCGCCAAUAUGACAUCUCCAACACUCGGAAGCCCAAACUGGUGGGACAGGUGUUCCUGGGAGGCAAAAUCCCAAGAGACGGGCCAAUAGUGGUGGUGGAAGACCACGAGCUGAACUGUCAGCCAGAGCCUUUUGUGAUCCAGGGGAAGAGAGUUCAAGGUGGACCUCAGAUGAUCCAGCUGAGCUUGGAUGGCAAGAGACUGUAUGUCACCACUUCCCUCUACAGCGCAUGGGACAAGCAGUUUUACCCAGAUCUUGUCAAGGAAGGCUCUGUCAUGCUGCAGAUUGAUGUGAACACCGAAAAAGGUGGACUGAAGGUGAACAAACAUUUCCUAGUGGAUUUUGGGAAAGAACCGAAUGGACCCGUACUCGCUCAUGAGCUCCGCUACCCCGGUGGAGACUGCAGCUCUGAUAUCUGGAUCUAAUUGUGGCAUGUAGGUGCUUGUUGGGGUGUGUGGGUGUGUGUGUCUCGCUCUCUCAUCUCAAUGAUCGGUGUAUAAAGGCAUAGGUGGGUCUGAUCAGAUGGGGCUUUGUCACUACAGCUGUCUAGAUUUUCGUGGGUGCUAAGCCACAGAAGCCCUGUACCUGCUUGCAUGCUCCUGGCUGAGACAGCCAAGGGCAUGUCUCCAGCCACAGAAUAUGGUGUCUUGCUUAUUUCUCUACGCUCUCCUAUGCUUGAUGGCCUGUCUAUUCACUGAUGGCCAUAAACAUGUAGGAGUCUGACUCCUGGGGGUCAUCUGUAAAGAGGGAUUCUGGCAGCUGCCUUCAUGCCAAAGUCUCCUAAAUGAUGCUACAGACAUUAACAUCUUGCUAGACUUCCUAAAUGGGAAGAGUUAAUGGAGGGGCCAGGGCUAUUUGGGGCACGUAUAUGAACCCUUCUGCCAGGUAGCGCCGGCAGCAGCCAGAGACAGGUUCAAUAUUUAGGGGUUCCUUUUCAUCCGUCUCAUACAGAACUGGCUUGAGCCCCCACCCAGUAGCCUGGGAAAUUCACACACACCUAGGCGCCUCUGAGAGGCAAUGCUUUUAUAAUUAGGCUUGGACUUAAAUUCUUCUCCAUCCAGUCUCUGGGCCUAAUAACAAGGAACCUGUGAUCUGCAUGUCUAGGGUGGUAGCCAAGACCAAAUACAACAGCCCUGUGCCAGCACAAGGCUCCAACCAUUCUUUGUAAUGACUAGUUUCCUAUUUUAAUCCCAUACAAGAGAGUGGUGGAAACAUUGAUUUUUCUCUUUCCAGUAAACUUUAAUCAUUCAAGCUUUAGAGGGUUUUUUUGUACUCAAACAUUAAAUGGAUUAAGGUAAAGUGAAAAUGUAAAGCACAAUAACUGAAUACUGCAUGUAGGGACACCCUUAUUCCAGCACAGAGAACUUGUUUCUGUUUAAUUUCAUGCAUUUAUGAUUUAGUCAAUGGCCUAUUGCACAGCAUUGUGUAAACAGGAUUGGGUUGUAGACCAAAAAUUGAUGUCUGUUUCCUGAAGCUGGUUUGUAUUUUCUUUCUUGUGCAGCAACGGAGCACUGAAACUGCUUAAACAAAUAAUAAAAUUGUUUUUUGCACCACUUAAA